CGCCGCGGAGUGAGCACAGCGUCCAGCGGCUUGGCUGGGUGCGCGCGCGCGCGGGCGUUAACCGUCGCGCGCGGUGGCGUCCGGCCCUCGGACGAGCGCGGCCUGCGGAGCUUAACGCCCGUCCCAGCGGGGCGGGUGACCCCUGCCGCCCCCUCGUGCCCUGCGGCCGGGGCCGCUCGGCUCCCGUGCCGUCUCUCAAACUGGUUCUCCCACCUCUCCCCCUCGCGAGGUGGGGGUCGGGGUACCGGCGCUCCCAGCAAUGUCUCAGCCCGUUUACCCCCCAAAACACCUCUUCCCUGCUGAAAACCACAGGGCAGCCCGUUGGCUUUUCCCAGCUUGCUGUGUGAGAGCGGAGCCUGAGGGAUUCUCCCUCUCCAGGCGUUGAAUUGGUGUGCCUGGUGUUUUUAAGGGGAUGUUUGAAGUGUUUUCCCCUGAGCGUGGAGAAUUUUGUUAUGUGAAUUUUCAGUGACUCACUUGCUAAGCUACUCAAGACUUUGGGUUUUUUUUGUCUUAUGUUGUUGGCAUAGCUUGUGCUAUUGCUGAAGUGAUGUAUAUAGUGGAAAAACAUGACAUAUUAAAGCACACUUGACAUUCUGGUAAGAAAAAAAAUUAAUGUAGAAUUAAGAUUACUUUUUUUUUUUUUUGGUCGUAGUCUUCAGUCAUAUUAAAAAUGAAAAGAAAAUCAGGGCCUUGCUCCAAGAUACCUUGACAGAAUAUGCAAAAGAAAUGUAAAAAAAUGAGUGAGCUUUUAAAUGUCACAACAAAGUCUUCCUCAGAUAACAUCUUUAAAGACUUUAAGAAGCAAGCAUGCUUUAAACUGAUGUCUCAAGACCAACAUUUGUGCAGUCAGAAGUGUGGCUUCUACAAGCUUAUAAACUAGAUGAGGAAAAAAAGGUGGUUAGUCUACAAAAUAACAUUGGACAGAAAACUAGAGAAGAGCAAGGCUGCAAGAGUCAGAGCUGAAGUCCUAGCCUGGUAUCCCAAGAAAAUAAGAUUAAGGGUAUCAUUUCUCUGUCAUUCCUCAACAAUUUUCAGCCUUUUGCUUCCUUUCAACUGGCUGGCAAAAAGCUCACAGCUUCUGUGUUCCUACAAGUUUAGUAAAGUAGUGGGAAAGUUUAGUAAAGUAAUUUAGUGAAAGAGUGGGAAGGCCCUGUUGAUGUCUCCAUUAAAAUCUCUGGGUAGGAGCUUGGACACAAACCACAGGAAGCCCUCAUAAAUACCUCAACCAUGGGAAAUGUUUUAACCCCAACUUGCACUUUCCUAGAUAACAGAAAUCAUUUUAGUACAUGGGUGAGAGGUAGUCCCAGCUGUUUUGGCUGAGGUACCCGCAGGACUACUUAGUUGUGUAUCGAUCAGCCCCUUGGCAUAGUGUUCCUCCUUUGAGGAGUGAAACCAUGGGCUUCCUUGCACUGUGAGCUGCUGUAGCUACACACAGGUGCUCACAGGUCAAACUUCCCUCUGCUGCUGCAGUGGGAAAAGGGAGAGCCUGGGAGUGCAUUGUUUUUUCUCCCUUUAUCCUGGGAAGGUGCCAGCACAGGCAGAGGUCUCAGGCAGAUGGGUCAUCCGGGGUCUGUGGAUUCAUAGAGGGGAAUGGGAGGUGGAAGAUGCUGUGCUGAGGUGAUGCCAGGCAUGGGGGAAGAGAGGAACCCAGUAUCACCUGCUGAAGCCCCCUUACCAGCAGCCUGUUUACCAGGGUUGGUGUCCCCUGGAAAAACCUCCCGUUCAAGAGGGGUCAGACUCGGUGGACAAGUUAUACGUAUGUGUGAGAAAGUUGGAAAGGGCCACAGAAUUAUGUUAAUGAAGGGAGAAGAAAAAUCUCAGCUUUCCCAAGCACUGUGGAUCUUUUAUCCAGAGUUUUAGUACUGUGGAUUUAAUGGUAUCAAGUUAUCUUACAAGAGAUUUCAUGAUACACAUAGGGAAAUACCUUUUCUGGGUAAACUGGUUGGACAUGAAAUUAAUUCUUCCAAGCAAAGACUUCAAUUGUGUAACCACUCCCACCGCUGAAGUGUAUUCUAACCUGUGUUUUCAACCUUGUGAGACUGCUUUUCCCACAGCUCUUUUGCUGAUCCAUGCAUAUGUCUAACAUCACAUGUGCACAGUGAGGUUAGGAACAAGGACACAAAUGGGCUUGUGUGUACACGACCCACAUUUUUCCUGUCUGCAUGCUGUAGCUCAGGCUGAAAACAUUCCCACUGGAUGCGGGAAGAGCUGAGAUAGGGACUGAGCUGUAGCACCUGAUCCUGCCAGCCGGAGUGCCCAGAUAACAAUGAGACAUGUGGUACAGUGCCAAGGGUGUUCGGCUUCUCCCCCACUGAAGAUGGUACGUUGUACCUGAGCUACUGAGCAUCAAAUCAGCUUGGAAGCAUCCCUCAUCUUCUCUGUGUUUUCUUGGCCAGCAGAGCAGAGCCAAUAAUGCGAAAAGGCUCAAGAUGGCAUGAGCCUCUUUUUGUGGCUCUGGCAAGCUCUUACCUCUCCUGUCUCUUUAGUUCUGUUAACUAUAUGUAAGGACUUGACUCAUGUCCAUAUGGGAGCCUGACACUUUCUCAUUAAUCACAACCAUGUGUUCCCCUCAAAUUUUAUUUUUAUUGCCUGUUUCUGCUGCUCAGCCAGAGCACUGAGGAGUCCUGCUGGCCGUUCGCUAUCUACUUGAACUUGCUUCACUGCCUCGUGCAGUGCAUGGAGAUUUACUGGGCACUCCUGCAGAGUAGUGAUUGAUGAUGUUAUCAUUUUUUUCACAAAACUAGUUCCUCUGUGAAUUGAAGCUGGCACCUAUAUGGAGAACACUGCUGUUCCUCUCCUGGGCACAUACCCAGAUUUACUUUGCAUUAGAUCCAGGGAGCAAGAUGAAGGAGAAACAGAUAGAUGCCCUUGGGUCUUGUCCCACUUUGUAGUCAACUAAUAACUGUGGUGUGCUUUUCGACCCAGAAAUGGAGAAAUACUUCUGUAUACAUACAUUCAGCCAUAGCCAAGUGACAGAGUUUUUAAGAGCUCUGACAGAAAGGCAGAACCAAACAUUAUGAGAUGAAAAAUAAGAGGGGGGGGGGAGGAAAAAAGAAAUCCUUGAGAAGGAGAGGCCUGCCAAGAGCUCUUUUCUCCAGCCAAAUCAGGUCACAAGCGCCAAAUAGCUCUCCCGUAACAUUCAAACCAGUGUUGAGAAAGCCAUGUCUUCUAUUGAGAGUAACAGUUUCUCUUUGUGUCAACCCAAAAUUAACAUGUUUAGUAAAUCAUGUGGAAACAGAUCCUGAGGUGCAGGCUGGCAUCAGAUAAUGCAAAUGAAUAACAAUACUUUUUUGAGGGAUAGAGUUAUUGUAGCUGUGAUUUUUCUUUAAGGCAUAAGCAAGACAAAUUUUGUAGCUAAGAGUCUUGUUAAACCAACCAAGUAGUUGGAAAAAGUAAUGCAUGUAUACUGGUUUAUUUUCAACAGUACCAGCUGGUCUAUUAAGAGAUAUUAUCUCUGCUUUAAAAACUGGCCUUGCUUAAUAUUAUUGAAACAGAUCAAAUGAAAGACUUCUAAAAAAGUUUUCACAUAAUUUGAAUUUAACCUCUAAAGUCUAUCAUUAUAGUAUUUCAUUAAGAAAAAAAGUUGUUGAGAUUUACAGAAAUAUAAACAUGAUCAGAGUACCCAGUCAUAUUAGACAAGAAUUUAGCAUUUGUUCAUUUACUUUUUGAAGGAAGAGUAAUAAAGCCUGAUAUGUCAGGAUAUACAGCAACUGUUGUCUGAAGUCUAAGGGAAAUUUCCACUCUUGAGGAGAUUAUUCCACAAAAUUAGGGUUUUUUUAAUCUUCCUUUGAAGUGUUUGAGAAUGAUUAAUAUGGCAGUUAGAAUAUUGGAUUGAAUGGACCAACGUGCUGUGGCAAUACCCAUGGGUCCCUAGCUAGGCAGUUUGCUUUACUAACAGUAUCUGAAAGAAACCAAAUGUUGCUCCUAACCAGAUUCCCAUUCACAUGCAGAAAGAAAUUCUUUCACACUCAGUGAAGUUUUGAAUUCAAAUCAAGUAGCAAGUCAGGAGUUGACCCUGAAGUGUUCCUGCUAACACCUACGUUAAUAAUGUAUGCUACCACCUGUGUUAAUAAUGUAUGGGGGAGAGGUCUAGCCCUAAGCUAAAGUUCAUACUAGUACAAGCACUAAAAUGUAAGUCUGGUUUCACUGUGCUGGUAAUCUAGUCAUGUGAUUUAGCUAGAAAGUUUCUUACAUGCAGCUACUCCCACUGGAGCUGCCUUUAUCUAACUGUUGCACUAAAGACCAACCAUGAUGUGAUAUAACCUGGAUAAAAUACUUGGUAACAGAAACAAUUCUCUCAUGGCAGAAAAAACCCUACUCAAAAGAAUGCUUUACUGUCAUGUACAUGUAUAUGACACAUUUGUUGAACCACCUCCAGUCUUUAGAAAUAGGUUAAUAUUCCAGAUUUUAUAUAUUUAUUUUGGCUUAAUCCAGUAGAUAUGAACUGUCAUAGCUGACGGCAUCUUUCACAGAAGCUUUUAAGCUGAAAACCUGACAUGUACAUUAAGACUUCUGAUACCAGAUCAGCUAGAUUACCAGCAACAAAUUCUCCUGAUUAAGAAAGUUAAUGGUAGUUUCUCCUUGUCUGAACCACAAAAAGGCAAAAUAUCUUCAACAGAAUCCCAGCAGCUUCCAGUGCUGAAUGCAUCAGGUGGAAGAGAAAACAAAGCACUUUGCUCACUUGUUGAUUUUAAAUCAAAGGACUCAAAGGACAGGCAUCCACUGGUUUAGUGUAUAUGUAAGUAUUUGGGUGGAUCUUUGCCAUACCACCUGAACAGAAGCACGAACUGUCUACCCUCUGGUUUCUGAGGGUAAAACCUUUAUGUAGCUGUAGUGUUGAAUACAAGAUAGAAGAAAACACAAGAAAGGCAUGGAUUUACUGGUGCGAGUCCAGUGAAGAACCAUGAAGAUGAUAAGGGAUUGGAGUAUCUGCCAUACGAGAAGGGGGUGAAAGGCUGAAACUGUUUAGCCUGGAGAAGAGAAGGCUUGGGGGCAUCCUACCAAUGUGUAUAAAUACCUGAUGGGGGAGCCAGACUCCUUUCUGUGGUACUCAGUGACAGGAACAGAGGCGAUGAGCACUAAAUGAAACACAGGAUGUUCCCUCUCAAGAUCAGGAAACACUUUUUUACUGUGAGGGUGGUUGAUCACUGAAUAGAUUGCCCGGAGAAGUUGUCCUUGGAGGUAUUUAAAACCCUACUGGCAGUGGUCUGGGGCAACCUGUGCUCACUGAUCAUGCUUUAAGCAUCAGGCUGGACUAGGUGAUCUCCAGAGAUGUCUUCCAACCUCAUCCAUGCUGGAACUAUGUACCAGCGAGGGCUAUGCAAAGAAAAAAAAAAGGCAGCCUGCCAGCCAGGAAAGCUUGUUGCCAGCAUGACAUUUCUCUGUUUGCAAUUAUUUCUCUAAGGCCUGUGGAAUCCUACACUUCCUUUCCUGGUUUUUGCAUCCUUGCAAAUAUGUAUCUCCUUGAUUUUCGUGUUAUUUCACAUCCUUCCUUUUCAUUGCAUCACAUACAAACUUGUUUUCAGCACCAGAGUAUAAUGCUAUUGUCUCAGUCUGUGUUUCUAAGGAAAUCUUGUGAGAGAUCAUGUGCUCAUCUUUGCUAACAAUGCUGGCCCCAGUGCCAUUUUCCCAAUUGGCCCCUGCAAUUAUCUUUGGGACAUUUUCUGUGGCUUCUUUUUUUUACCUAUGAUAUGUCUGUCUAGUUCUGAUCCAUCUACAUUUUAAUUUAAUUUUCCCUAAUGCAAAAGAAGCUAUUUAGCAGGUAUCAAUAAAAAAAUCUAGAUAUCACCUCUGCCAGGUUUCUGAGAACACCUUACUGGCAUUGAAUUUAUUUGCUCAGGAAUUCUUUUUAUCCAGGUUCUGUACAAUUGCAGAAUACUUGCAUAGUCCCUCACAAGUAAAAAUAUAACAACUAAACAAAUAAAAUAAUUAAAUACAAUUUUAUACACAAAAUAUAACAGCUGAAAGCAUAACAAAAAUUCCCCAACAUAUCUUGGGGGAGAUGCUGAGCUUCUCCUUUCAGACUGGAUCUACUUCUGCCUGGGGGCUGCAAUGUAUGGCUGUGGAAGCCGGGGAGAUCUGCCUGCCCCUCUGCGAUGUCCUGUCCUGGUACAAGCAGGGGCCGUGCUGGGGUGAGAAACUUCAGCCACAGCUGGACUAGCUCCUCCCCUAACACAUCUGCAACCAAGCAGCAGAUCCUGGAGUGCUGCACUCUGAAGAAGACAGCUAGUGGGGCUGAGGGCAGAUGGACUGUGUCUCUAGAGACUUGUGUUUGAGGGCGAGCCUGGAGGGCUUUAUUUUUAUCCCCUACACAAGUCGUCUGCAAAACAGCUUCAGAACAGCUGUAGCUCAGUUUGAACCUCCCUGCAGGCAAUGCUAGUUUGCUGUUCCCCCUGGUGUAAACACAGACCCAUGCCACAAACGUGCUCCCCAUCUGGGUGGAAGCCCCCUGAGCUCUUGGCAGUGACCGCAGCAGGUCCUCUGCCACCAGCAGACCAAGCGCUCACCCAGCGCGGGAAAACUCCCUUGGCCUGUGAUGACAGAUGCAGCAGGGUAUUCCCAUGGUGUCACACAAACUUCAUUUGGAUUUUUUUUUUUUUUGAGCUGUUUAGCUUGACAGUGCCACUUGCUCUUUCCUUCAUCAAUACUCAGAGAAAUUAUGCAGACUGCUAGUGCGUGAAAGCAGAAACCAUAAAUGCUUUGAAAAUAAGAAUUGAGAUGAGACAUCAAAAAGUCAGCUGCACCAAAUUUACCCAAGAAAAUAUGUUUUUGUAGAAGUGUGAGUGAAGGGCUAAAGAACCAGGCAAGGUCUGAGCAGCAGAAGCGGAGGCAGCUGCUCAGCUUGGUAGAGGCAUCCUCCAACAGAAGGAAGACGUCCCUGACCCCCAGAGAGGCCCCUCUUCUCUCCAUCCCACAGCCGUUUCCUUCAGGCUUGGGUCUCGGGCCCUCACUUUUGAGAAGUAGUUUCGCUGUGGGCAGUGACGUGCACCCUUAAGACAACCACCUGCGCGGUUCGGUUCACUCACUAGGGCCGGGGGACUGUAGGGCAUUGCCAGCCAUGGCAGCGGUCUGGCCCUACGGCUGCCCUUCUGGAAGCCUAUUUCACCUGGCAGUUCUUGUUAUGACAGCAGUUACUUUCACUUCUGCAAUGAAGCAAAACACAUCUGAGAUUGCAUGUGUGUUUAUCAGCCAGAAGGAUGAAGGUUCAGGAACACCAGAGACACCAGUAUCUCCUAAGAUUUCUAAAAUUUUGGAAGAUAUUGGGUGUUAUUUGAAUUCUCAAGGAACAGAAAAUAUCUAUGAACCAACUAAAAAUGUGGAAGUCAAUUUGUUUGAAGAUAUUGAAUUAAAAGUGAUAAUGAACAUUUCAGAGGUCAUUUCAUGCUUUUGGUUCUUUAAAGAGAGCCAGCCUUGUAAACCUUCAUUGGACUCAGAGAAUCGAUAUGUUGCAUCUUUGGCUUUUUCUCAAAUAAAAGAAGCACAAGCUGGAAAAUACACCCUCUCGGUCAUAAGUAAAAACAACAACUACACAGUAGUUGUGCCUGUUCUCAUCCGAAAGAAACCAGGCAAACCCUAUUUCAGGAAAAGGGAAAAAUCAGAUGCUAUUGAAUGCAUAUCUGAGAGCUACCCCCAGCCCUCCGUGGAGUGGAUAUUUUGCAAAACACCUGAAGAUAGUUGCCCCGAUAAAAUACAUGAUGAAACUGGGGAAAUAGAUGGCAUACAGGCUGCACAACAGGAAUUAUUUCAAACUUAUAUAUGGUGCUGUGCAGUUAAUGGCCUGGGCAGAGAAUGCAGCAGACUCUUUACAAUAGAUUUAAAUGAAACACGAGCAAUGCCUUUACCUGAAUUGCUUCUUAAAGUCGGGGAACCAUUGCUGAUCAGAUGCAGAGCUGUUCACCGUAAUUAUAAAUUCAGAAUAAAAUUGUCUUUUGAAAACAAAGAAGUUGAGCAGGAUCGUCAGUUUGAAGGAUUAGAAUAUCAAACAGAUCUCUCAGCAAUUCGAGUCCAGUAUGUGUUUGCUCCAGCGGCAGGAAGAAGCAACAGUGGACGUUACACCUGUUCUUCUACAGCUCAUCCGAAUCAAACUGCCUUGGUUAGAGUUUUAGAAAAGGGAUUUAUAAAUAUAACUGACUCUAAAGAAGAUUUUGAAAUUGGUGAGGAAGAAUUUUGCUUUGCAGUUAACUUUACAGCAUAUCCCCCGGUUAGAUGCGUGUGGCUAUUUUCCAAAAAAGCCUUUUCAUGUAAACAAAGUUACAGUGUGGAUGGACACAGCAUUUCAUCAAAGUUCUGCAACCAUCAGCACCGGUCUGGGAUAUAUGUCUUUUAUGCUGAAAAUGAUGACAUGGUCAAGACCAAAAAAUUCACUCUGUAUGUGAGAAGAAAGCCUGAAGUAACAGUGCAGUUGUCAUUCAAGCAGAUCUCCUGUGUUGCUGACAGUUACCCUGCUUCAUCCUGGGUUUGGAGGAACUGUCCCGAACUGAACUCAUCCAACUGUACAGAAGAAAUCACUGAGGGGAUCCACAACUUCUUGCCAGAGAGAAAAUCCCUGGGGUCAUGGAUUUCAAGCAGUACUUUAGAUAUAAAGGAGACAACAACAACCUUCUCUGUUGAGUGCUGUGCAAACAAUUCUGCUGGCUCAACCUGCAAAAAGAGUUUAAUUAACCUGGCAGUUGCAGGAGCUGUUUCUUCCCCCCUGGACAAUGCUGCAUUCUAUGCCUCAAUUGGAUUUGUCCUCCUAUUGAUCGCUUUUUUGUUUGUGUUCAUUUUUCUUAAAUACAGAAAGCAAUUUAGAUAUGAAAGCCAGUUGCAAAUGAUACAGAUGGUAGGUCCAUUGGAUAAUGAUUACAUCUACAUCGACUUCCGAGAAUUUGAAUAUGAUCUCAAAUGGGAAUUUCCCAGGGAAAAUCUGGAAUUUGGAGAGGUCCUCGGUUCUGGGGCUUUUGGGAAAGUGGUGAAUGCAACUGCUUAUGGAAUUAGCAAUGCUGGAGAUUCAGUCCAGGUUGCAGUCAAAAUGCUAAAAGAAAAACCUGAUGCUUCAGAAAAAGAUGCUCUAAUGUCCGAGCUGAAAAUGAUGACUCACAUUGGAAGCCAUGAAAAUAUUGUGAACCUACUAGGAGCUUGUACUGUGUCAGGACCAAUUUACUUGAUAUUUGAAUAUUGUUGCUAUGGUGACCUACUGAACUACUUAAGGAGCAAGCGAGAAAAGUUUCACUGGACAUUGACGGAUAUUUUUAAACAGCACAACUUCAGCUUUUACCACAAUACCCAUUUGAAUCAGAAUUCCAGGAAGGGAACUCACCUGAAGUAUGGUGUGAACACAACUCUAUACAGAGAGGAUGAAUUUGAAAUCACACAAAGUCAAAACAUGCACGUGACAUCUAGAUCAAAUGGGAUUGUGCUGUAUUCUGAGGAAGAUAAAACUGAACAUGCAAACAGGCAAACAGAUGAAGAAGAGGAUUUUAAUGUGCUCACUUUUGAAGACCUUCUUUGCUUCUCUUAUCAAGUUGCCAAAGGAAUGGAGUUUCUGGAGUCCAAAUCGUGCAUCCACAGAGACCUUGCUGCCCGGAAUAUACUAGUGACCCAUGGAAAAGUGGUGAAAAUAUGUGACUUCGGCCUUGCCAGGGAUGUAGUGAAUGACUCCAACUACAUCGUCAGGGGCAAUGCUCGUUUACCAGUAAAAUGGAUGGCUCCUGAAAGCUUAUUCGAGAGGACGUACACAAUGAAGAGUGAUGUCUGGUCUUAUGGAAUAUUACUAUGGGAAAUAUUCUCUUUGGGUGUAAAUCCCUACCCUGGUAUUCAGGUUGAUUCAAACUUCUACAAACUAAUACAAAGUGGAUUUAAAAUGGACCGACCAUAUUAUGCUACAAAAAACGUCUAUCGUGUGAUGCAGUCCUGCUGGGCCCUUGACUCCAGAAAAAGACCUUCUUUUUCUUGUCUGGUUUCCUCUCUUGCCUGUCAGCUAGCUGAGGCAGAAGGAGCAGUUUACCAAAAUAUGAAGAAAAAUGUUUCUACGCACAAUUCCAGUAUCAAAACUAAACCACAUGUAAACAGGGAUGAGGAGUCUCUACUGUCCCCAACUGUGCUCCAGCAUGAAGACUCUCAGGUUGAAAAAUAAUCUGGGUUCUAGGUUUGAUCUCAGUAUUUUCGUAAAAUCUGUGUACCAUAAAUGUUUUACAUAACCAUUAAGAAAAGAAAAUGUUACCAACUGCUGCUCUGUUCACGUUUCUUACGGGCCAGUCUAUAUUCAUGGUAUUUUGAGAAGACAAUUCAUUUAUUUGAAUUCAGCAAACAGGUCUAUCACAACAGAGAAGCAAUGGUCUUUCCACUGUCUCUCUACAAAUGGAUAUCUCUUUUCCUGUUUUGAUACAAACAGUGUCUAAUCAAUGCAUCGAAUUCAGACUGUGCUUGCCUCAUUGCAAACAAAUCUAAGAAAAUCCAUAGGGUUUUUGUUGAUGUUUGCAAGCAUUCAUCACACAUCUGAGGAGAAUUGGUGUGAUUUCCAGAAGCGCUACUCACAUCUUCACCUCCAGAUACAUUUGAGUGUGUAUGACUCUUUUAUCCUGAACAUCUCAAUUGCUGUGAGGUUCCCAAUAGGUGUCCUGUUCAGGUGAGUUCAUUUCAUCAAGCUUUAGGUACUCGGAUGGUCUCUACUCAUCCAGACUGCAUUCUCCACCCACUGUUGAGAGCUAAAGUGAGCGAUUCCUUUAUACCUAAAAUAAGCAUCUAAAACAAACAGGAGGAGUGAUAUUUGGAGGUGAUGUGUUGCAUGUCUGGUCUAGAAAAUCCAGGUGGCAAUCUCCAACUCUAUGUCUCACUUUGACUGAGUUAUAGCUAAUUCCACUCUUGGGGCUUUAUGUGUUUUAAUAUCAAAUAAAAAUGUUUAAUUUAAAAUAAAUUAUCUUCUGUAGCAAUUUAGGAGUGUAAUAUCAUCACUCCCAAUUCCCAGAAAUUGGCCUGGGUGUAUGAACACUGCUGAAAUAGAAUAAAAGUACAUCUCUUUAACUUUCUCCCAGACUCCCAGGACAAUAACUAGAGGCUUCAUUUUUUUUUUUUUUAAUAUAGCUAAAAAGACAUGUUAUUUUCAUGAUGAGAGAUUUGUAAAUGCACCUUUCAUAAUGACUAAUGGGAUACCUUUGUCUAUACUCCAGUGAAUCAAGGUGAGAAUAUUUGGUUAAUAGUUUGCUUCUCUUCUACAUUUUUCAAGAUGCUAACUGCAGUUAGGAUUUCCAGUGGCAAGUGUUAUAAAUGAAUAACUGUUUGGAUAGAAUGUGCUGUCACAUAAAUUGAGCUGCUCUUUACUAACAUUGUCUGAAAAUAAUGUUGUAAUACAAUUAUUUGUAUAUUUUUGUUAACAUUGUUGAAUUAGCAAGGAAUCCUUGAUUUUUCUUUUUUUUCUUUAAUCAGAUGUAAACCGCUGAAGAUUAAUUUGGAAAUAUAAAGAUAGAAAUAAAAUUUUAACAUUGCAUUUUCUGGAAAAUAUGUACGGCUUUUAACAUACUCAUAUAGCACUAUUUCAAAGUGUUCAGCAACAAGAUGUUACUAUUCAGCACCAUUAAUAUGCAGCCUGCACCAGCUGGAAAGUGAGAGCUGAGUGUCCUGUGCAGACAGGCGUUUUCAGCUUUCAGAGCCAGAGGAACUUAGCACUGAACUGGUUGCAUCCAAGCCUAGCUGGUCCUGGAAGCCAAGCAGAAGUGAACUUGGCUCACAGACAAGCAGAUGGGAAUGCUGUGUGCUUUAAAACACGCCAGGGAGUUGUGUCAAGUGGUUUUCCACAGAUUAAAAAAGGAGUGGACAGAGGUCAUCUGGCCCCAUCAUUGCUACUGAGCUGAGACUCAGGAAAAUAAAGGCAAAUAGAGAACCUUGGAACUAACACAAAAUCCUUGUGAUGCACACGUGAAAAGCAGCUCAAGCAAUGUUGCGCCCUGUGAGGAAGUACAGCAGAAAGAGCCUCCUGUAAGGACUGGGCACAUGGAGGGUUGUGCAUCUGCUUCUCUGCAGAGCAGAAAGGGAUGGAACAAAACUAUAGGACAUACUCAGUAAAAAAUAUCUUCUAGGAGCACGUUUCCUUUCCAGGAUACUUCCAACACAACUUAGCAAAGCACUAGUCAAUUCCUGAGGCUUGUGCAGAGCCACGGCCAGUGCUUUUUAAGGAGUGUUUUCAUGAUUCUUAAAGGAAAAGGCCCAUAUUUCUCUUGUUAGGAUCCAGACCCCUAAUCUGUGCCUCCAGGAGCAAUUUCACUGGAGAAAGUGCUAAAUUCCACCUGUAGUGAAUGGAGAGAAUUAAGCUUGUUUGAAGACAUCCAACAGAGAUGCCAUUAGUCUAAGUUAGAUGCAUUAAGUUAGGCAGAGACUAACAAAGAUUCAGUAAUCAUUAAGCCAGGAAGAAGAGGAACAGAAGUGACAGAAGUCAGUUAAAAGUGCUAAAUAGCAAAGGACACUGCACUCUCCUUGAUAGCAAGGCCAGGCUGGACGGGGCUCUGAGCAACCUGAUCUAUUUGAAGAUGUCCCUGUUCAUUGCACCGGGGCUGGACUAGAUGAGCUUUGAAGGUGCCGAGGAGACCUGUCCGGGUGGUGCCUGCCGGGCGGCCGCGGUCCCGUCCAGUCCCUCAACCGGCACU